AUUUAUUUUAAAAGAUAAAUUGAAAUGCUUCAUAAAAAACUUAUUGUUUUGUAUUUAUUACUAUUGUUAUUAUUAAAUAUAGAAUGCAUAGAACCAAUAACAGGGACUAUUUUUGGAGGAAUAGCUGCUAUGGCUGGAAGUGCGAUAUUCUAUAACUCUUUUGAUAUGUUAAAAGAUAAUACAUACUGUAAAUAUGCAGAAUGCUGUAACAGUUAUUCUAUUCCCUAUGAUAUUAAAAAACUUUAUACUUCUCUAACACAUCACGUUUAUGGGCAGCAUCUUGUUCUCGAUACUGUUGUACCUGCCAUACAAGGCCAUAUAUCAUCAUCAUCUCCAAAGAAACCACUGACAUUAAGCUUUCAUGGCACUCCUGGAAGUGGUAAAAAUUAUGUAUCUCAAUUUAUAGCUAAUAGUUUGUACAGAUAUGGAGAAAAGAGCAAAUUUGUGCAUAGUUACAAUGGCGGAUUACAUUUUCCUCUGCAAAGUAAAGUUGACGAAUAUAAGGAAAAAUUAGUAUCUGAUAUUAAAUCAGCUGUGAAAGCAUGUGAUAAAUCUUUAUUUAUUUUUGAUGAAGUUGACAAAAUGCCUGUUGGAGUUCUUGAUGCCUUGAAACCAUUUUUAGAUUACAAUGCUCAUAUUGAUGGAUUGGAUUUCCGGAAAUCUAUUUUUAUUUUCUUAUCUAACAAAGGAACUAAAGAAAUAACAUUCCAUUUGAUUAAGUUAUGGAACGACGGUUUGGAAAGAGAGAAAACAAAGCUUUCUCAUUUUGAGCCACUUGUUAUUAAAGGCGCUUUUGAAGAAGAAGGGGGUUUUAAAUAUUCUUCAAAUAUUAAAAGUGGACUCAUAGAUCAUUACAUACCUUUUUUCCCCCUGGAAAGAAGGCAUGUGGAAAUGUGCAUCAAGGAUGAGUUUUUGAAUCUGGGAAUCAUUUCUCCUCAGGAAGAAUAUAUUGAGGAGGUAUUGAGUUUUGUAACAUAUGGGCCAGAUGAUAAACCUAUCUUCUCAAAAACUGGCUGUAAGCGAAUAAGUCAAAAAGUAGCAGCCAUAGUAACAAGAGAAAAAAUGAAUAAGGAUUAAAUGAAAAAUAAGGAAUCAUAGAUUAUAAUGAUGGUUGGAAA